UCUUCCGUUCUUUUGCCAGGACUUUUCUUUCCCUUCUUCUCCCAGUACCUGCAAGCCUCUCUGUCCUCUUCCCUUGUCCUCCUCUUCCCUCCUCCUCUUCUGAACUUAACCAUGGCUGCCCUCCUCUUGGUUGCCAUCCUAUUCACUUGUGGCCUCAUCAACUCCUACUUCUUUCUCCAUUCUCCAAAGCUCUUGGCAUGGCUUGCUUCGUUUCUUUGUAUAGCUUCCUCGCCAAAGCCAAAAGAGAAAACUCCCAAGAAGGUUGACAAGGAAGUUGUAGCUAGCAAGGCAGUAGCCGACAAGGCCGGCAUGGAGACGAUAUUCGCUACCUUCGAUAGGGAUGGCGAUGGCUUCAUCACUGCCGAGGAGCUGGAGGAGUCAUUCAAGAGGUUGGGGCUCUUCAGCACAAGAAAUGAGAUUAUGAGCAUGAUGGAGAGGGUCGAUGCCAAUGGAGACGGCCUCAUAGACCUCGAGGAGUUCGGGGAGCUCUAUGAUUCCGCAGGGAGAGGCCGAGGGGCGGGGCGAGAAGGAGAAGAUGGUGAUGAGAGAGUAGAGAGAGGCAAAGAAGAGGAGGAGGAACGGGAGAUGGAGUUGAGAGAGGCCUUUGAUGUGUUUGAUGGGAACGGGGACGGGCUGAUAACGGUGGAGGAGUUGGGGUUGGUGCUGGCUUCCCUGGGACUAAAGCGAGGGGCGACGGCGGAGGACUGCCGGGAUAUGAUAAGGAAGGUGGACAUGGAUGGGGAUGGCAUGGUCAACUUUGGGGAGUUCAAGAAGAUGAUGCUGGAGGGUGGGAAGCUCUUCUGAUGCAAGUGUUAUCACUUGCCUCUGCCAUAUUGGGGAUAUCUGUGGUUGGUGAACAUGGUGGUCUCUUCUUUGUUCAGAAAUGUGUAUAACCUAAGAAGUUUACCAAAAAAAAAAAAAAAA